GCUUUCUUGCCGCACAUUUUGGUUAUGCUUUCCGUACGCACUCGGCGUACGAGAGCACACGUGGGUAGCUCGCAGCAAGGGAAUCUUGCGGAUGAUGAUGCACAACUUUCUAUUUCACAGUAUUCUCUGACAGCCCAUUGGCAGGAAAGCAACAGUCUCGAUAACAUCCGAUUAACUCCUUUCAGCUACGAAAGAACCGACUAUACUUACGGGGACAGCGGGAGUUAUCGGAAAGACCAGAUAGCUAAGUCCUGGUACACUCCAGAUAUGUCUCGUUUCCCGAUCCAUGCAAACACACCUGAUUCCAGUCCGUACGACCGGGAUUUACAUUUUCCUGACUCAACGCUUCGCGAAAUGACACGUAAGCUCCUAGGACACGCUGACGUACCCAACUCGAAAGACCUCCGCAAUCGAGACAUUGAUUUAGACUUCGAAGAAUCUGUUGACAGAUACUCCACUCGAUCGAUUACUCGGUCUUCCCGGUCCCUGUGUAAAAUCAUCCAAGGUGAACGGUGCACACACCCAGAAUGCGCCAUCACCGAAACCGCUAGCCGGGUAAGUGCUGUGGAACGCCAGCGUAACACAAACAACACAUCGGAUGCGGUUGGAUCACUGAAUACGUCUGAGGCAUCUCACCCCGGUCGACCAAGACGCUCUAGACGUGUGGGCGGCGGUGCGCGCAUUAGCUCUGACGCGGCUCUCACUCCGACCACUAACACUAGAGCGACCAACGUCUCUCACACACGCACCACCGAAUCUGUUGUACCCAAUUACGAUGACACAAGCUUGUCUAGCCGUCUGGCCUCCACCAGUUCUUCUUAUGUCUACACAUAUGCCACCGACACUGGUAAUCGUACGGAGACGAAGCUCUCCUCUGAAUGGUUCGUGAAUGGUGAUGGACCUGGUCCUGAGAGAACACCACAUUGGGGGAGGCGAAGCGUUGACAACUCCGCGAACCACAACACAUCUAAUCGAGGCCAACACGUGUCUUCCCAUAGGUUUGAUAGCCUGGGUGGUCAAUCGAACAGUAAUGUGAAGCAACGCAGUUGGGUGUCGAGACACAUAUUUGGUCUAGAAGAGCCCGAUUCUGAGAAUAAUGAUUUCCACUUUGUGUCAAGCGACGGUGAAGAUGAGGAUCGCAUCACUGAUUCGCGGUCAUCACGCUAUCGAAAGGUGGAACGUCGGACUGUCGAUCCGCAGGAUCGUCACUAUUUUCGACCGGACACAACGGCGUUCCCCAUGAGAACAUCCUCGCGUCCACUUGCGUACUGGGUGAAGCGGAUCGCCGGUUCGUGUUUAACGCUUCUACUAACCGCUCUGUCCUACGGUUAUCGCACUUUGUGCCAGUCAGUCAGUGCGACGACUUCAUUUGUGCGUCACCUUUCGCCCAAGGUAUUUGGUGCCCCAGAUUCCCCACCCAAGGGCAAACCGGCUCUGCAUCCUCGUUUGGCGCAGUUUGACACUCAGAAUGUGUCGAAUCUUACCGGCGAAGAAGAACAGUACGAUUUUCUCAGUCAAUCGGUCCGGACCACAGCCGUUGGACUGUCCCGCUUGGGCUAUUGCUGUUUCCGCUUGAUUGGAUUGUUGUGUUUUCUCGUCCCGGUUGGCUUGCUUUUGGCUUUUCUCUUCGCUCCAGUUGCGUUAGACGAGGACGAGGCGCCGCCUUUGUUGCCGCCGUUCUUGUCCGAUUUGGACUGCAAACGAGCCAUAUUUGACACAUUGUCAGCCAACGCCAGUCUCAUGGAGGUUGCCUACUGGCGAUUCCGUUGUCUUUAUCAACUGUACUUCCUUACCCCUGCCCCAUCGGCGGAUUCCAAUGAUAAUGGCGGCGCUGAGGUUGGAAAGGAUGUUAACACUUCAGAGUCUCAAUUGGCAUGGCGACGCUGGUUUCCGUGGUUUAUGCAGCCCACCUCGGACAUCGCUGAUACGUCCCAAGGUCUUUCACUCAGAGCUUGGGAUUCAGCAGAAGAGAUGCGUUCCGAUCGACUGAGCGAAUUCGCAAGAGAUAUCAAUAACAGACUGGACUUACUCGCCAAAGCACUUCAGCAUACGGAUGACCGUCUGUCAGCUGUAGAGCUUCAUUCAAAGACAGGCAUGAACGAUCUUUUCAUGCAGCUCCAGAUGCUCACUUCUCAGUUUACUCUGCACAACAUAUCAUUUGAAGAUUCUCAUAUUCACACGCAUCCGCCGAGUGACCAGAAAUAUGUCAAUUAUGAUCAGUUGCUGUCCGCUGUACUUGAGGCUGCGAACCGGUCAAUCUCUGCUCAGCUGACUCUGUUGUUCAACAGCCUUAAGCCCACAGAACUGGUUGCAAGACAGGAGUUCAAUGGCACAAUCUCAAGACUAUCGAUCCUUUUGUCGCAAGUCCGUCAACAUCUAAUGUAUCGAUCCAGACGUACAGAGGAAGAGCUGUCUCGCCUAAGGUUGGUAAUCCAAAGGAGUUCGGACGAUCAAUCCGCCAAUUACACAAAUCUGUUCACGCUAAUGCAGAACUUGCAGGACGCCUACAGAAACUUGUCGGAUCGUAUAAACGUACUUGAAAAAGCCGAUUUAGAAGCGGAUUUUCUAAUCAAACAACUUAUGGAGACCAGCAGGCGUUGCACUGAGGGUAUGUUGGACCAAGUGGAACACUGCAAGUUGGUCGCCGCGCAAAGCGCAGAAACAGCUUUUAUCAAACUGUCCAACACUUUAACACUACAAAUCAGAGAUCUCGUCCAUGAGGCCUUGUUUCAGAAAUUAAAUGACACGGCAGUGGACUCUACGCUGCGAUCUAAACUGGAGUCUCUGGUUCAACAGUUAUCGGAAAACGCCGUUCGGAAGGCAUUGCAUGGGAGUACCUCAAUACAUGGAACCACCACUUUUGACAGUGUAACAGGAGACUCCGUGCUCCUUCAAAAAAUUGUCGAUGCUUCUUUGCAACGCUUCGCUGCUGAUCGCACCGGGAUGACGGAUUUUGCCCUGGAGUCCGCUGGUGGAGCCAUCGUGGGGACACGUUGCACACGUACGUACACAGACGGUGCUGCCUUGUUCAGGGUGUUCGGAAUACCUCUUGCUCGACUGAGCAAUUCUCCCAGGACCAUUCUACAACCCGGUAAUAACCCUGGAGAUUGCUGGCCUUUUCAUGGCAGCAGCGGCCAGGCGAUCAUUCGUCUCUCGGCUCCCAUUAUUGUCACCGGAGUAUCUUUAGAGCAUCUGCCUAAAUCUCUGGCACCCAACGGACGUUUGGACUCUGCACCCAAAGAUUUCCAACUCAAAGGUCUGAAAUCUGAGCAUGAUGAAGAGGGAAUCGUUAUCGGGAGUUUCGUAUAUGAUGUUGAUGGUCCUCCUAUACAGACAUUUCCAAUCGAGAACACCUCAAAUGUGUGGCAGUUCGUCGAAUUGGCCAUUCUUAGCAACCAUGGUCAUCCGGCAUACACAUGUGUUUACCGCAUCCGGGUGCAUGGCGUGGUUCCUGAUCUCCAAUCUUCCCUCACUAACUCCUGAACCUGAUCUGCGGCAUUAUUUUGCUUCUCAACUUUUUAUCGGUUUAUUUUGGUACACUUGUACAUAACGUUACAGCGCCUUCCACGUCAUUUGUGUUUUCUGUAAUCUACCGGCACUUGUUCUCAUCAAUUUUGGAUUGUUUUGAACGGCACCGUUACCUAAUAAUCGUCAGUAUC